AUGAUCAACCUCCUACUGGGUCCUACUGUAAACCAAGAGCGAUCUUUACCUAACAAAACCAUUGAGUCGCAGUUUUGGAUCGCGGAUCUUGAUUGGUGCAUGACGCUCGGCCGCUCGGAACUGAAACGUUUUUUUGUCACGCGGCAAUACACGGGUUUUGCUCCAGAUGGUUCGAGUGUGCUAGUGGACAGCCAGAUUGGCCAUGGCUGCACGCUUGGCGCAUGCACUUCCCUGGAGGAGGGCGAGGUCUUGAGCGAUGAGACGGUCGUGGUGGCGCCCGGGCUACGACACCUUGAGCCUGGUGCACGGGAGGCUCAUGUGCAGGCCGUGAGCAAGUUCAUUGAAGUUCUGAAGGAGACGUUGCCUCGCUGCCACCAUUUGCGUAAGAGCAAUGUGAAGACGUGA